GCUGUUCGCGGCGCGCCCGCCGGCGCCGGCCGCAGUUUGGCGGUGCGGAGGCUGCAGCGGAGGCGGCGGCGGCUCCUCCCGGGACGCCCCGUCCCCGAGGGACGCCCGUCCCGCUUCUCGGCCUGAAAUUCCUCUUGCUAGUCUUCCAUUCUGUUAAAUGCUUCGCAAACCAGAGCAAAGGAAGAGACAUGAAGAGUUGAAUUUCACUGCCUUGUUUGGAACUGGGUGGAAAUCCUGGAGAUGGAUCUCUUAGGAGUCUGUCUUCCAAUUGGGUUAGAUGCACAGGAGCAAUGGAUCGCCCCAGCUACCUGGAAGAGGACUAUUCUAGCCUGGAUGGGCUGGACGAUGACGUGUUUCACUCUGAUGACUUUGGACUUGCAGGUCAGCCUGGUGAGAUGACUGCAACUGGCUUUUUCACACAGAACCAGUCCUACAGCUGCCUUCUGGGGAGGUUUCAACUAUUCCCCCUCACACACUGCUGUGGUCCCGGUAUCAGGCAUCCUGAGCAGCAGGACAAGGCAACUCAAACACUCAGCCCAUCCUCUUCCAGUCAGGAUGUUAUGUUGCCUUGUGGAGUCACUGAAGAGCCACGGAGACUCUUCUAUGGGAGUGCUGGUUACCGUUUACAUGUCCCUCCAGCUGGCUUUGUGUUGGAUCCGCACCUCCAGGAGGAACCUCGGGAAGGUCAGCGGGAAGCACGUGCUGAGGUGCAGAUUGCACGGAAGCUGCAGUGCAUUGCCGACCAGUUCCACCGGCUCCACAUACAGAGGCAUCAGCAGAACAGAAAUCAAGUGUGGUGGCAGCUUUUUCUCUUCCUACACAACUUGGCCUUAAACACGGAGGUGAACAGGAACCACACUGGGCAGAGGUGAGCUUCGCCCGCCUGUUUCAGGCCACAUCCAGUCUGCAGGGAGCACUGAACAAACACUGGUUCGGGGGCGAGACGUUGCACACCGCCGGCCGGAUGUGAGGACUCUGACUUUCUGAUACUCGUCUUCAAGUUUGGGUGUUUUUAUGGACUCUUCUUUGCUGCUGCCUGCCUCGUGAGGCAGGGAGCUCUUGUCCAACACUGUUGAAGGAAAGCCAGAAUGUGGGUGUGUUUGGUAAAGCUUGCUGCUGGUUCCCCGCACCGGUGACCUCUGUGCAAGGGAGGCAGGUAUUAGACUGACGGCUUCCUCUGCCCUGUGUAGUAGUGGAUGGUAGAGUGCAGGAGUGUCAUUUUGGCUGCUAGUUAAAAGUGAUGCCUGGGAUUGAUGACUAAAUAUACUUGGGGUAUCUUUUAGAGCAGAGAUGCUCAAUUCCUCCACAUCUUUUGCAAGGAAAAACAUUCAAGUAGCUUGGUUCCAUCAGGUUACUUGUUUUAUUCAUUGGUUACUGUUUAUUUCAUUGUGCCCUGUGUGAGAGAAAAUCACAAAGAAAUCUGAACUCUUUGGCCAUUCCAUUGGGCACCACUUGCAGCGCUCUCACAAGAAGUUGUUCUUUGUCAUUGCCAUCAAUUAAAAAAAAAAUUAAAAAAAAAAUCAGUAGAACAGACUGAAAAAGAAAACUUCUUGGUGUUGCUGGUGGCUAUUAGCUUCUGCCACUGCCUGCUUUCAGUUCAGUGUUCUCAGUGCCCAUGAGCCAGCAGGAAGCCAAAAUCCAUGGAAUAUUGCGCAAGUGUCAUUCUUCUACAAUGCUAAUGUAUAUGUUUUAGUAGUUUUAUGAUGGAUGUUUAUUUUGUUUUGGUUUUCUUUUCUCUUACUAUAUAAUGUGGUUGGUCAGGAACGCUUAGAUCCCAGGCAUCUGAUAAUUUUGCUUCAGGAUUUGACAGGGAAAUUAAUUAGCAUCUAGUCUGAUAUGUACACUGUACAAGCAGUCUGUCCAUUACUCUAGUGUGUAGCAUUUGGAGGCAGCUGUAAGCAUAUAUUGACUAGCAGCAGCAAUGUUAUUUCAAGGGAGAUCUUCUGUCAGUUUGUAUGCACUCAGAGGUUUGUCCAAAUGGCCGACACUAUUGGACCAGCACAGGGAAACUACCCCACCAAAAGGAAGUAGCCUUAAAUAUUGAUGGCUGCUUCUCUGUAGCCUUAAAUAUGCUUAGUUCACAGACCCAGUGACAGCUAGGGUAAAACAUGAACAGAGAAGCAAUACAGACCUUAUUAUUUUUUCUGAAAAUUUCCAUAUUGUCACUGCACCUUGUUGUAGGUCUCAAAUGAUGCAACCAGCUUGAGGAAGAGCUGUCCAGAGAAUUGCUCUUCAGUUGUGUUAGAAAUGUCCAGCUGCAGGUGUUGAGAAAUUCUUCUGCUCUUGACCCACUCUGAAAAAUACUCAUUACUGUAUGGAAGAGUAGUUUACUUGCACAUAUGCUUUCCUUCUCCACCCCUCUUUGCAUAUUUGUCUCUAAUUCCUGCUUUCUCUGGUAUUUGUGUAAUCUCAUCAUUGCACUGUAGUGUCUGGUAACAGUUUGCUGAAAAGAGUUAAAUUUGGACCUUCUUGCUUUCUCUCA